GUGAUGUCUGCAAGCACAACUACAUUGCGGUAUCCAGGGUACAUGAACAACGAUCUGGUCGGUCUUCUUGCCUCUUUAAUUCCAACACCGAGAUGUCAUUUUCUUAUGACAGGUUACACACCACUUACAGUGGAGCGCCAGGCCAAUGUGAUCCGCAAAACUACCGUGCUUGAUGUUAUGAGAAGACUUCUCCAGAUAAAAAAUAUUAUGGUUUCCUCUUAUGCACGCACAAAAGAAGCUAGUCAAGCAAAGUAUAUCUCAAUACUGAAUAUCAUUCAGGGAGAAGUAGAUCCUAGUCAGAUUGCUUGUUAUCUACAGAGGAUUCGUGAAAGAAAGCUAGUAAAUUUUAUUGAAUGGGGCCCAGCAAGUAUUCAGGUUGCUCUUUCUAGAAAGUCCCCAUAUGUCCAUACUGCCCACAGGGUAAGUGGCCUCAUGCUAGCAAGUCAUACUAGCAUCCGACACCUCUUCAGCAAAUGUUUGAGCCAGUAUGGGAAGUUGAGAAAGAAGCAAGCAUUUCUUGACAAUUAUCGCAAGUUUCCAAUGUUCGCGGCAACUAAAUGUAUUUGUAAACCUGCACAGAGAACACAUGUUUACUUCUAUAGGAAAUGA